AUGGUGAUUACAAAUUUUAGUGGAACUGGUGUCGGAUUCGGUUUCGGUGUUGGAUGCGGCUUUGGCGUAGGCUGGGGUUUUGGGGGCAUGCCUAUGAAUAUCUUGGGUUUGGGCGCAGGUGCAGGCUGUGGGGUUGGUCUAGGCCUUGGAUGGGGCUUCGGUGCUGCCUUUGGGAGUCAGUAUAGGUCAUCUACUGUCACAUUCCAGGGCAUGGAAUUGGCCAAAAAAGAAGAAAUUUCGGAACCACAUUAUUCAGCACAAUGCAACACAGAAAUUGUGUAUGCCAAGGAUAGCUUGUAUGGAUAUGAAAGAAAUGCAAUAUCCCCAUUUCCAUGGGUUUAUGGGAAUGGGACUGUUACAUCAAGUGGACGGCGCCAUAAAGUACUCAUUUCCAUGCAGCCACCUUCCUGGCGAAGUGGCAAACAGGUUUACUUGGAGGUUGGUAUUGAAGUUCUGAACAGUCCAAGCCUGGACAAAUAG